GUACCGGGAAAUAGUAGCAGAGUGACACCUCUUAGCUCGUAUCUUCUCUCUGCUAAAGGGCAGCUAGUCCGCGGUCCGAAAGCCAUCCACAGUGUCAGCUUUUGGUUUUAUUCCCUCCGCAAGAAACCACCAUGUUUGCCCUCAGACGCGCUCUCCGCCUCGGCUCCAGGUUAUACAUUCCCGCGGUGGCAAGGAGAGGAUGCGCCGGCGCUGCCGUCCCGGUGGACGAUGUGGUGAACGGACUCACCGAGGAGCAGAUACAGCUCAGACAGACGGUUCGCAAAUUCUUUGCAGAAAAGCUUGCACCUUAUGCUGACGAGAUCGACAAGAGGAAUGAAUUUCCAGGAAUGCGGAAUUUUUGGCAAGAGAUGGGGGAGAUGGGGCUCCUUGGGAUCACUGCUCCGGUGGAAUAUGGGGGCACAGGAUUGGGCUACCUAGAUCAUGUCCUUGUGAUGGAGGAAAUGUCACGAGUGUCAGCAGCCAUUGCUCUCAGUUACGGCGCCCACUCUAACCUUUGUGUCAACCAGAUGGUACGCCAUGCAAACGAGAAGCAGAAGGAGAAGUACAUGCCAAAGCUAAUGACAGGAGAGCAUGUCGGAGCUCUGGCCAUGAGUGAGCCCAAUGCUGGCUCAGAUGUCGUAUCCAUGAAACUCAGAGCCAAGAAGAAAGGUGACUACUAUGUUCUGAAUGGCAACAAGUUCUGGAUCACAAAUGGGCCAGAUGCCGACGUCCUUAUUGUUUAUGCCAAGACAGAUCCUGAGGCCUAUCAAAGAGGCAUCACAGCCUUCAUUGUUGAAAAGGGAAUGCCGGGAUUCUCUACAGCACAGAAGCUCGACAAACUGGGCAUGAGAGGAUCAAACACAUGCGAGCUGAUCUUUGAAGACUGCAAAAUCCCAGAGGAAAACAUCCUUGGUCCGCUGAACAAAGGUGUUUAUGUGAUGAUGAGUGGCUUAGAUCUGGAGAGGCUGGUGCUUGCAUCUGGACCUAUUGGCAUCAUGCAGGCAGUUCUGGACUUUGCUGUUCCCUACCUACAUGUCAGAGAAGCUUUCGGACAGAAGAUUGGGCACUUUCAGCUGAUGCAAGGCAAGAUGGCCGACAUGUACACCAGACUGAGCUCUUGUCGGCAGUAUGUGUACAAUGUUGCUCGGGCUUGUGACAAAGGACACUUCAGUGCAAUGGAUUGUGCUGGAGUGAUCCUGUAUUGUGCUGAGAACGCUACUCAGGUUGCUUUGGAUGGUAUUCAGUGUUUGGGUGGGAAUGGCUACAUCAAUGACUACCCAAUGGGACGAUUUCUGCGUGAUGCAAAGCUGUAUGAAAUCGGCGCAGGGACAAGUGAAAUUCGCCGACUCAUCAUUGGACGAGCCUUCAACUCCAUGUUCAAAUAAGCUGAACUAAGAAACGGUGAUUGCUGAGGACUGAACGAAUGGCGCGCCGUGGAUUAACACAGUUAAUCACACCCAGGGCCUUAUACUGAAUGAGCUGAUGCUGCUGUUGGGAUCAUGUGGGUUUUCAGAAUCAGUGUCACCAGGUGUUUUAAUUCAUAUACAAUACGCAUGAAAUAACACAGAGUUGACAGUUAUGUUACAAGCUGCCUUGACAACAGACAACACAAAUUGAAUGUUGAUUUGGUGCGUGAGGUGGCCUUGAUGUCAUGUUAAUUUUUUGUUUUCGUUUUUUAUAUUAGGCUCAGAUUUACUUAAUAACCACUGAAAUGCCAAUAAAACAAUGACAUUAUAAUUAUUGAACCUUUCAUAAAUAGGCAGUAUCACAGAUUUUCCUGUUAUGUGUUGAAAUUGAAUUUGUAUCAGAUAACAUUUUUUUUUAUUUUUGUAUUUUAUGGUUCAUUCAGGCCCCUCAACUAGAUGAAAACUGAUUCUUGUGUAGUCUUUAACACUCCUACCAGAGCUCCAAACUUGCUGCUGCUGAUAGGAUUAGAGGAUUGUGAAUACUAUAUCAUUUAUUAUGUAAGGGAAAUGGUAAAUAGAUGCCAGGGGCUCAGGGUUGCUCCAGGACACUUUGGCAGGUCCCUGUUGCUGGGAUAAAACCUGACAACACCAUGUAAUCCUUUCUCUGACCUCUCUGAACAGUCAUCAUCACUACAGUUCUUUAAAAAAAAAAAAGUCUCAUGGUUGUACUGUGAUCACUCACUUUAAAUAUGUGGAGGUUUUGUAUUUGUAUGUAACUCAGCUUCAAAUCAAAUCUUCAUGAACUCCCUUUCGCGAUUUCAGUGCAAACUGAAAUGUUUCUGGUCAUUAAGCAAGAAAAGCUGACAUCUGUGAGUACUCUGCUGAAUUAGCAUUAGGAACCCUGUUUGUUCAUUUUUGGGAGCAAACAUUUUCCACUGUUGUAUACUGUGUAAAUCAAUCCCACUGGAGAAACCCUCUGUAAGACUUGUUUGUCUUCUCCUCUCUAAAGGACUUUGAUUUGAAGUAUCAGUAUGGAGCUGUACAGCAUGAAACUGUAUGACAUACUGUAAAUAGUAGUUUUGUUUGCAGUAAAUAAAAAUUAAACCUUUUUUUAAUUCCG